ACAGCACAGGACACAACAACACGUGCAGCACCCAGUUUCAAAGAGGCUAACGCAAAGGAGCUGGAGCUCAGCAAUUAUAUCAUAACUGAGACUGAGGGCACUUAAUUAUUUUGAUAAAAAUAAUUUGGGUCUUCCUCGUAAAUAUAAACAAGGCACAAUACCAUUAGACAACACGAAGAGCGUGCAAGUAGAAACAUGAAGCCCAAAACGACCACGGAACUCCUCAGGGAUUUUAAGACGGACAAGAUUAAGAAUGCUAAUGUUAUUCUUGAACUUAUGAAGCGACUUGAGGACACUAAAGUUGAAAGCCUAACAUCAGCAAUUGAAGCCUUGUGCGCAAUAUUUAUACAGCUUCUCAUUGAACAGGACAUAAAGGUUCAAUCAAAAGUACCAGAUGAGCUGAAAACUGCAAAGGACAAAUUCAUGGACUGGAUACUUAAGCUGUAUGAUGAAAUGCACCAAAAAUUGCUUUGUCUUUUAAGACAUGAUGCCCAUUCAGUGCAAAAACUGGCAAUGUGCACCUUAUUGCAAUUCAUGCAGACUGAAGGAAGAAAUCCUGUUCGCAAAAAUUCAGGGGAAGUAUAUCACUUUCCAAAAUACAGACUGCAUACUCUAAUGAGGGAACUUGUAACAUAUACUGUCGACAGACGUCAGUUGAUUUAUCACCUGAAAGAGUAUAUGAAGUAUCAAGACUUCAUGUUUUAUACACUCAUGAUACUCAGUGAUAUGAUUAAAAAAGACAAGAAAAAAAACAAAACAGAUGUCUUUAUGAACAAUCUCUUCCCCCUGCUGGAGCAAAUUGAUAUCCCACUGGAAGAAGAGUAUAAUUAUAAGCCCUGUAAACUUUUCCUGGAUCCUGAAUGUGAUCAGGAAAUGGCAGCUGACCCUGUUUGUGGGUUUACAAUAUCCUAUGAUAAAGCCCAGAAGGCUUUGAAUGUUAUUUGGCUUGAAAUUUUGAAGUUUCCACUGAGUGUAGACUUGUAUCGCCGAUGUCUUAUUCUCAUACCUGAAAGAGUUAUGCAGCACCUGUAUAAUCCUGUAAGAUUUACAAAUUUCUUCAUGGAGUCCUAUAACAUGGGUGGAGCUAUUAGCCUGCUGGCUCUACAAGGCGUCUUCAUCCUGAUAAACAAACACAAUUUAGAAUAUCCAGAUUUUUAUACAAAGCUGUAUGCACUUCUGGAACCUAAUAUUUUUCAUGCAAAGUAUAAACCAAGAUUUUUUAUUCUCCUUGACAAGUUCUUAUCUUCUUCACACAUUCCAGAAUACCUUGUUGCUGCAUUUGUUAAACGCUUGGCACGUUUAACUUUGGUAGCUCCAGCCCCAAGUUUAGUUCUUGUUCUUAAGUUUAUUGUAAAUCUACUUCUGCGAUUUCCAGGAUUAAAGAAGCUGAUUCAUAAUCCAUCUGUAAAAGGUAUGGAAGAUGAUCCCUAUGAUGCAAGUGAACCAGACCCAGUACGAUCAAAAGCUUCAGAAAGCAGCUUAUGGGAGGUUGCUUCUCUACAAAAUCAUGUACUUCCAGCUGUAUCUAAAGUUGCAGGAUUCAUAAACAAAAAUCUCCCAGACAUGGAACAUGAUAUUGGUUGUCAUGUAGAAACAACUUAUGAAGAGGUUUUUGAGUAUACUUGUAAGAUCCAGGUGCAUGAUGGGGUUGCAACUACUUUUCAUAAGCCAAGAGAAUUUUUCAUCUAUGAAGAUAACAAGAUUUCUAGUGCUUGGGCAUUAGUUUAAAAAUAUUAGAAUUAUUCUUUUCUUAAUGUGUUAUGUAUUUAUAAGAAAAUCAAUAAAGUGUUAAGUAAG